CAUUAUUCGCAUUUUCCGCCGUUAAAAGUUUUUUCACAUUUCUGUUUUCAGUUGGAUCCACGCUGUCGUCGCGUUAAAAGCUAGGCGACUUGCAUAGAAGCGUACGAGUGCGUCGGUCAUUCAGUUGGACCAGCUAAAGAAAGCUCUAGCAGACGUGCGAACACCGCGAACGUUGCCAUACGCGCACAGUGAGUGAAGGCAAGCAGAACAGCCGCCGUGGAGCUUGUCGCGACGCGUAAAUCAUCGACGAAAUAAAGCAAAGAAAUUAAAAAUAAAAAAAAAAAACCUAAAAAUUUGAAGAUAACGUUAAGUUUCUGAAAAUGUGUUAGUGUUUCAUAAACAAAUUUUAUGUAAUUUUUAAUUAAUGAAUAAGUAUGUUUUGUAUUGCGGAAGCAAGCGCUAGCUAAGUGUUUAUUAAAUAAACUUAAGUGCCGAAACAGUGAUACACAGUGCAAUUUAAUUGCUAUACAUACAUCAUUAACAAUGGACUUCGACCAAAUAUUGGAGGAAAUCGGCGAGUUCGGUCGGUAUCAAAAGACCAAUUAUCUGCUCAUCUGUUUGCCGGUAAUGUUUGCAGCAGCGAACAGUUUAUCGUAUGUGUUUACCGCUGGAACACCGGCCUAUAGAUGCCUGAUACCACAGUGUGAUGAUCCAAUCGAGCCGCAAUUACACGCACAUUGGCUGGCCAAUGCGACACCGGGCUCGUACGAUAAACACGGGCAUUUCACACCGGAAAAUUGCUACCGUUAUAAAGCAGUCGGCGACAACAUAACCGACGUAUAUCAUAUCAGCGAAUGUCCGAAGGAAUCGUUCAAUCAAAACAUACGCGAGCGUUGCUACUCGUGGGUAUAUGACGAUGACGAGCGAACCAUUGUGCAAGAAUGGCAACUAACUUGUAAAGAAAACGUUUGGAAGCUCGCUUUUGUGGGCACUAUGCAUUUUGCGGGACUUGUAGUGGGAACAGCAAUCUCCGGAUAUCUAGCCGAUCGCUUUGGACGGAAGAACAUUUUUAUACUCUGUAGCGUCUUCAUGGCCAUCACAGGCAUUGCGCAGGGUCUCGCAUGGGACUACAAUAGCUUCUUAGUUUUCGCAUUUCUCAAUGCAGUGGGCACUUCGGGUGUAUAUCCGUUAGCCUUCAUUAUAGGCGUGGAAAUGGUGGGUCCCAGCAUGCGUGAGAUGUCCUCGAUAGUGCUGAACUACUUCUAUGCCGUUGGUGAAGCGCUGGUUGGUGCAAUCGCUUGGCUACUGCAAGACUGGCAGCUACUACAAUACGCGCUGUCAGUGCCGCCGCUCUUCUUCAUCGCCUACUAUUGGUUCGUGCCGGAGUCAGUGCGUUGGCUGAUCGCACGAAAUGAACGUGAAAAGGCGGGUGUGAUUAUAAAACGCGCUGCAGCCAUCAAUAAACGCGAACUCUCGCUGCAACUGCUGGCCAGUUUUAAGACCGAAAAUUGUGUGCCACCACCAACGCCGACGAGAGCGACGGAUGGCGGUGCGGAUACAGAGAAGUUCCGCGAAAAUGGUGUUGGAGGUAAAAAUGAAAUUUGGCGCGCAGUCUGUGAUAUAUUCAAGUCGAAAACUUUACUAAUACGUUACGCUAUAAUGCUGUACAUUUGGGCUAUAAAUGCGGUGGUUUUCUAUGGACUCUCAUUGAAUUCAACAAACCUGAGUGGCAAUAAAUAUUUGAACUUCGUUUUAGUCUGUCUAAUUGAGAUUCCCGGUUACACGCUAGCUUGGAUAUGCUUGCGAAAGUUGGGCCGACGAUGCGCUUUAUCAGGUUCACUCUUUCUUUGUGCCGCCACUUGUAUAGCGGGCGGUUAUAUAACUAAAGUACAAACCAACUUAGAGACACGUUCAACAGGCGCUAUAGUGACACUUUUCCUAAUUGGAAAGCUGGGGAUCACAUCUUCAUUUGCUGUAAUUUACACAUACACAGCCGAAAUGAUGCCAACGUUAAUACGUAGUGGUGGAGUCGGUGUAAUGUCUACUUUUGCCCGUUUUGGCGCAAUGCUCGCACCUUUUGUGCCGCUUUUGGGAACAUAUUACGAAGCAUUACCACUAUUACUGUUUGGAGCUGCAUCUUUCUCAGCAGGUCUUUUAGGGCUAUUAUUACCAGAAACAUUUCGAAAGAAACUGCCUGAUACGGUCGCUGAGGCGAAACAACUGAACAAAGACACGACUAAUAAGAAACCAGCCACUGCAGCUGUAUCGGAAGAGCAAGUCGCUGUGAGUAUCAAUGCUGAUGGAGAUGCAGCAAACAGCGGCGAUGAAAUGCAACCCAAGUAUGCAGCGCGACAAGUUGAGCCAUAAGUGUGGCUUUACAGAGUUUAUUAUAUUUUUAAGAUCAGCUUUUAUAUUAAGAAUUUAUAUGUAUAAAAUAUAGCUUUUUACCAUAUAUUUAUAAGAAGUACAUGUGUAUGUGCUAUAUACAGAUAGACAACGCCGAUCCCACGAACAGUCGCGUUUAAGUAACCGGAACACGAAUUUUUAUCUGGCCAAGGACUGUUCCUCGAAAUUACUACAGGAAUGUUUUCUGCAGCUACAACAACCACAGAGUGCUGGUGUGGUAUAUUUUGCAACACCAACUUCUGCAGCAGAAGUUAUUAUUAAAUCUGUUUUUUUUUCUUUAUAAGAUUUUUAUGAGCAGCAAAAAAGUACCUACAUAUUUACAUGGUUAUUGUAGAAAAAUUAUAUUUAUUAUAAAGCUACUUUUUCAAGUAAAGGCAAGCUAGAAUGUGAUAAGCAAUGUUUACAAGAAACAUCCAUAUAUGACUGUGAACACACGAACUUACUGCAGCAAACAUAUGUAUAAACAAUCUAUAAAAUUAAUGCAUUAAAUAAAAAUAAAUGCAAUUAUUUAAUAAAUUUA